UUUUUUUGGGAGUAUCAUGGGAUCCGGAUGGGAAUAUGCAUCAGCGUCAGAAGCAUUGCAUACCUGCGUGCGCGCAGUCUGAGCCAUGCGAUUUUUUUUUGGAUAUUAUCCUGGGGAUAUCUUGAAGAACGGAUACCCACGGGUGUUGUUGGUGUCGCUUUGGAAGAAAGGUGGGAGAAGUCACACUGGCCGGCGCCUGAUUUAUUUCAGCAUCGUCAGGAUACCAAAAAAGGGAGGAGAGAUGGAGGCGAAAGCAGGACGAAAUGCCCAUCGCCAGCUUUUGCGCCGCAUAUUUUCCCUCAUUUUCAUCUUUAUUCGACGUGUUAGCACUUUAGGCUUCACUAUCACCAAAUUUACAUAGGUGCCCGGUAUUUUGAGGGCGUAAAAUAUCACAACAUUUGAAUGAAC